AUCCUGACUCAGACCCGCUUGGAUCUGCCCUCCCUUCCCUUCCCGCUUGGGGAAAGGGGAAAAAAAAGAGAUCUCGGAGGCUGCUGAAAUCGCCCGCCAAGCAAAGGACCAGCUCCGCCUGCGCCCAGCCACGCUCCCGGGGAUCAUGGGCCAAGCGAGGGAUCCAGCCUGCCGCCUGCCCCAAACCUCAAGGACCUAGCUGGAUUGAGACUCUCCUCGGGUGUUUGCGUGUCGUCGGAAUACUGUUUUCCGCUCCGGGUCCUCCGAGAACUGGAGGUGGCUUUUUUUUUUUUCUUGGCUCCGGAUCUGGGUUCUGAAUUCGACGUGGACGACCCUCCUGCCUUCUCGGACGCCUGGGUUCUAACGGAGCCGUGAAGAAUUUCCGUGGAAGGUGGAGCGGGGGAGAAGAAGAAGGAGAAGAAAGGAUUCUUUUGAUCUCAAAAUACACUGCUUUUACCCUUCCAAUUCUCGGGCACUUUGAUUCUCUCCAGAUACUGAAAUACAUUAUCUCUACCGCUGGCUGGAAAAAGGGCUCCUUUGAUCUCUUGGUUCCCCUCCGGACUCCUGGGUUCUGUCGACUUAUUGGAACGCUCCAGCAUUUUAAUUAUUUAUUUUUGAUGUCUAUAAUCCUCUUUCCUCCUGAGCUCCCGGACUGCUGAAUUCUCGGGAUUUUCUGAAUAUUAAGAAAUUCUUGUUCUACAGACACCCACCCACUUCUCUCCAUCCUUUUGGACUUCUGGGUUUCCAACUGAGAUUUGAGCCCAUCUUUACGCCGACGCCACCACCUUGGGCUUUGUGCUGAUUUCCUCAUCAGGGAUCCUGGCUUCCUGACCCAAUUAAGAACUUUUAAGAGGAGGAGUUAGGUACCAAAGUCAACUCGGCACCUCCAUCGUUGUUGGCUUUUGCAUUCCUGGAAUCGCUUGAAAUUCUCGCAUCCGGACUCUGGUUUCCCUCCCCGAGCUCCUCAGGCGAAGAUGUCUUCUUCGGCUUCAGCUCUGCCGGAGUGGAAGCUCCAGCUCCUGGAGCGCCGGCGCAAGGAGGAGGAGGAGGCCCGCCGGCGGGAACGGGAGCAGCAAGACCGCAUGGCCAAAAUGCCCGCCUGGAAGAGGGAGAUCAUCGAAAGGCGCCGGGCCAAGCAGGGCUCCGGCACCUCUUUCUCCGAGUCUGGGGGGCCUGGAGGGACUGAGAGUGGCGCAGCUCCGGCUUCCAGCGCUCCACAGCCCUGCCAGGAGGGGGAGCCGGAGAGUUCGGUGCUGCAGGAGAAGAUCGGCCCCAUCCACCAAAACCCAUUCAUCCAGCUGGAAAAGAGGCGCCACAAGGAGUCGGUCCCGUCCGAGAGCGACCUCGCCAAUGCCAAAGCCAAGCAGAUCGUCGACCUCUACGGGCAGAUCCCGGGCGUCCGCACCUUGCGUGCGGACAAUGUCAUCAUCAUUGAGACGGUCCCAGGGGCGCCGCCAGCGCAGCUCGCCAGCAGCCGGCAAACGGGCGAAGCCAAAUCGGGGAGCGUGGAAUCCCUCAACGAGCUGCUGGCUCGGCGCGGGGGUAGCGUGACCGAGAUCCGCGCCGGGGAGGUCUUCAUCGUCAAGUCGGCCUUGAGCCGCAGCGUGGAAGAUCUCAAUUCGGUUGGCCGGGCGGAGAGCCGGGGGUCGCUGCCCGAGCAGCACCGAGGGAGGGUCAGCAAACUGCUGAGCCACUUCAGCCAGGAGGGCGGCAGCAUCGGGUCGGCGUCUCCGCGCCCGGUGAGGUCGCUGAGUACCGAGAACCUGACGGAAAGCAGCUACGUGGCAAGGAGGCCGGCCCGUUUGGCGGCGGACCCCAGCCCGACCAGGAAGCACUUCGACAACACCCCUAGCCCUCCGCGCGACCUUCCUGGGUUGAGCCCGCCCGUGCCCUACACUGUGGCAUCUUAUCGCAGCCAGUUUGAAUCCAAAUCGAGCAGCGGCGAAGGCUGGCCAGAUAGCCCUCCCAGGCGCUCGCCGACCGGGAGGAGCUGGGGGCGGGAGGCUGCUUCACCGGAGAGAAGCCCCAGGAAGGACAGUGUGGAUUCGGAGGCCGCUUUCGAGAUACAGCCGGCCCCCCCGCCAGCUCCGGUGGCUGAGGACGAUGUCCAGGGCAAAGCCUUGGCCAACCUGCGCCUGCACUCUCGGAACUCCUUUGUGGUCAUGCCACGCCGGGCCCCGUCCUCCCCACCCCCAGAACUCAAGCAGGAAGCCAGCCCUUCUCUGUCUGCUGUCAAGCCCCCAGCCCCCACUUCCUGCUCCUCGCUUCUCCCGGACGCGGAGGAAGAGCCGCCCGAGGCUGCAGAGGCCAUGAGGCGUGGUGUGGGGAGCGCCGCCGCCAAGGAGGACGUCCGGGUGGGGGGCUUGGCCCGCACCUCGUCCCCCCACCCGGCCGUGCAGCGGCGCAGCGGCAACACCAUCACCAUCAACCCUCGCAAGGCCCCUGCCGCACCUGUGUCCGUGGUGGAGAACGGCAUCGAGAGCGACACUUCCCCGGCUGCGGCGCCGAUGAAGAAACGCUACCCUACGGCCGAGGAGAUCCAGGUGAUCGGAGGCUACCUGUCCCUGCAGAGGUCCUGCCUUGCCAAGAACGACCCACACCGGAAAAAGCUUAAGAUUUCAUUCAGCGAGAACCAGCUGGAGAGGACCUUCCAGUAUCCGUCAGAGGGCUCCUUGCUGGAGGAAUAUGGGCCUCCUGAUGAGUCGGAGCCUCUGACCUGCACCAACCCCCAUGGGGAUGACGAAGACGAAGAGGAGGAGAUGCUGCUGCUUCAUCGGGGCCUCCCGGGCCUGCUGAGGACCAAACCCCUCAUUGUAGACGAGUCUUGUCGGCGGUAACCCCGUUCAGCCUCCGUUUCAGAGGACAGCGGAAUAUGCACAAGGAUUCCACGCCACUUUCUGAAUCCUCCAACUGGACCUUUUAUCUCUUUCCGUCUUCCAGUGACUAUCGCACCCAGGAAAGAAGCUGGGGCCACAAAAGACUGAGGGGCGGGGGAGAGGCGACCACUUUUUUCCUGGGGCUACAGGUGCAUUUCUUCCUUCGGAUGGAGACCUCUCCAAAAAUACUCUCCCAUUUUUGAUACAUAUAUUUUCCCCUAUCUGACUGGCACUGAAAACAGGACCUCCGAAAAAGCGCGGGGGUGUGUGUGUGUACUCUGAAUCAUGUGAGAGACGCUGCCCAACCUAGUUGGGAGAGGGCACUCUCAACUUUCUCUUCUCCUUGCACUGCCAGCCAAUAAGGAAUCUGAUGCAGCACCGGCUUACGAUACUUCGUUUAAAAACUGCCAGCAGGUGGAAGCACUGAACCUUGUAUGCACACUUCUCUGGGGUUGCAGAGUUUCAAAACAAGGGCUAAUGAUAAUGGUCAUAUCUUUCUUCCUGCUGUCACUCAAAAUACCGCUGAAAGCCUCACUGGCCAAGGGACUUUUCUGUAAUUGGGUUUGUUUGUUUGUUUGUUUGUUUUGUAAAAUAUCUGGGUAUUGUCCAGUAGGACUUAAUUGCUGCCAUGUGAGUGAGAUGAGAUUUUUUUUUUUUUUUUUUUGCGGGGAGUAGGGGUGGGGGAGGGAAUAACUAGCUUUGAGAAGGGACCAUUAUGUUGGCACACAGCCUAUCAGUAUUGCGGGGUGGGCGUGGGGCUUUCUACUUGCAUUUUUUCCCCCAAAGCCGUUCUGGAGGAAGGCAGUUCAACAUUCCAUGGCUCUAGUUAUUCCACCGAGAGCCAUGAGUAAUACGGCAUGUUACUGGGCAAAUGGGGAGGGGUCCUGGGUGUUUACUGAAGCAGGAGCGCUCAGUAUUAAGGCAUGGAAUUGGGUCAAUGGGGAAGGGCAAUCUGCAUGUGGGCAGCGCUAGUUGCUCUUUGGGGCCGUUUGGGGGGUUUCCCCCCCUCUUUUUGUUUCAGACAGAGGGCAAAGCAGAAUAUGCAGGGAGUGCAGUGGGGAUAACCAGGCGAAAAAUGCAGCUUCCUGUUGUGGUCAUGACCAUUUCCUGUUUGGGAUUCAGCACUCACGUGGGAUUGAAUGACGGGCGAUGAAGAGGCAGAUUGAAUGUUAGAAAAUGAAGUGAUAUUUUGAUAAACGGGGGUUUGGAUUCGUUUCUUUCUCCCCCCCCAAAAAAAAAAAAAAUAUUAUUUUACAAACUGUCUUCUUGAUUAGUAUUUGCCAUUUUUUUGCCGUGUGGCAUUUUGAAGUGGAAAGAAGUGGACCCAGAGAUUAUAAACUGAGAACAGCUUUCAGAAACGAUUGAAUGCAGAGCAGUUGCAGCUCAGAGUAUAGACAGCUCUCCAGAGCUGGCUUCAGGCUUUGGGGAAAGCCUCAGAUGAGAGAUUACCAGGAGUCCCUUUCAUCAACAAGGGGCCGCACAAACUGAAGGAGCACUUCACAAUCCUUUUCCCAGAUGACUGAUGCAAGCAAACCGAGGCAUGACUGUUCUGGAUCUUUCUUUGCCAAUUCAGCAAUCAUUUAAAUCAACCGAUUGACAAUAAGAACCUCAGUAAUGCUGAAGAGGAAGUCAAAGAGCAUGUUGUGCAUUUGUUCAAAGGUGUCUUAUCCAGUUUCUUGAGUGGACCCUGCUGUUGGUCUCAGGUGAUUGCUGGCAUCAGGGAUCAGCACCACUGCUGAGACACAUUUCUCAGUAGCGGAGCCAUUGCCAACCGCUUGAGCCACAAAGCCAUGGUGCUUGUCCUCUUUGGUAUCACUGCUUUUUUACUUGCCCUCUCUGGAUGAGUAAUUAUGGAGAAGGUGCAGUAGCCUCUGUAUCCCUUUGGGUGGGAAUGCACCUGUGGCUAGAGUGGGGAUGGGGGAACCUGUUGGUCUGAAGUUAGCAAACUCCAUCUCCCAUCAGCCUUAGCCAGCAGGGAUGAUGGGAGUUGUUGUCCACUAGAAUCUGGAAGGCCAAAAGUUCACCAUCUCUGGGCUACAGAUAGAGAGCAAGCUAAACGUGGCAGUGACAAGAAUACUGGCCCGUUCAGGGAAGCAGCGGCCUACCAAGGGCAUAUUGCCCAAUGCCCACUGCCAAAAAAUAAUAUACAAGUGGAGCAGCCUCAGGGCCUUGGCAAAUGCCCCACCGUGACACCACAAUGCAUAUGUUUUUUAAUGCUCUUAGAUGAAAAUGUGUAACUAAACUGAAGCACCUAACUUAAAUUGGGGAAGUUUUUUAAAUUCAUGAACAGGAGUUCCCCACAAUUGGAGCGAAUAGAACCUGGGAAAACUGGUCGGUUAAAUGCCUUGAGGAACAAUGCAACUCAUCUGCAGGAGAGGAUGCAUACACAGAGCGGAAGAUUGGCCAACGUAUGAGAGCAGAAAGUUGUUUCUUUAGAGUGCAGGUGGUAGACUGAGCAAACAGUAUGAAUGAGUGGAAGGAGACAUUGAUGAGAGGGAAUGAGGAACUUUACACUUUUUUUUUCUCUCUCUCUCCCUUCCUUCCUUGCUAAUUUAUCUUGUUAUCUGUGCACAGUUGUUGUUAUUAUCAUUUCCCCCUCCCCCCCUUAUUUUGCACUGCGGGAUCAGCUAUGUCUGGAGCCCAUUAACAGGUGAAUGAGUGAAUGACUGAACACGGCAGGUGUUUCUUUCUUCGAUGGAGGAAUGAGGUCUGCGCAGAUCAAUGUGUGUGGGGCAAGGGCCGAAGCAGCUGUGUCCAGCCAUUUCCAUCAGUGUUGUUGUUG